AAAUAUCAAUUAUUCUACCAACUAUCACUGCACUAUUCUUAAUGGCUAUGUUAAGAUAAAAAUUAUACAGUUUUGCUUGGCUACAAAACCCGGGAUUUACAGAGAUGGUUGCAGCAAAAUGGAGAGAGAUUUCAGUCCAAGGAUGGGGUGGAUUCAUUUUGAAGGAAAAAUUGAAAAAGACUAAAGAGUUCCUUCGGGUUUGGUCAAAAACUUCAUUACAAGAAGUGGAUAGAAAGAUUGAGGAAUCUAAGGAGGAGAUGAAUAGAAUUGAUGUAAAAGCAGAAAAGUGCAGCUUAACAAAAGAAGAUCUAUUCCUUAGAAGCUCACACUACACUGAAUUAUUAAAGAAUAUGCAAUUGAAAGAAGAGAUGGCCCAACAAAAAGCAAGGAAAAACUGGCUGAAAAUAGGAGACGCUAAUACCAGCUUCUUCCACAAUUGCAUCAAAGGGAGAUGGCGCAGAAAUGAAAUAAAUGUAAUCUCCAUAGGGGGUGAAGAGUUUAGGCAAGUUGGAGAUAUAAAACAAGGAAUGAUGAAGUAUUUUGAGAACUUAUUUACAGAUGAGGGAUGGACAAGACCGAAGUUAGAGGGGCUCAAAUUCAGAACCAUUUUGGAGGCAGAUAGAUGUAUGCUUACUAAGCCUUUUACAGAAGAAGAAGUCAAAACAGCGGUAUGGAAUUGUGACAGCACCAAAGCUCCAGGGCCAGAUGGAUUUACUUUGGGUUUUAUAAAGAGUGAAUGGGAGGUGAUCAAGGCAGAUAUCAUGGAAUUCCUUAAGGAUUUUCACAGCAACAGAAAACUGGUAAAGGGGUCUAAUGCUUCUUUUCUUGUCUUGAUACCGAAGACAGAGAACCCCCAAGGUGUGGAGGAGUAUCGACCCAUCUCUUUAAUUGGAUGCACUUACAAAAUUCUUGCUAAGUUGCUAGCAAAUAGGCUCAGCAAAACAUUGAACUCAAUUAUAGGAGAAAAUCAAUCUGCUUUUAUUGAGGGAAGGCAACUUGUAGAUGGAGUGGUUGUUGCAAAUGAAGCGAUUGAUAGGGCACGAAAAAGAAAAUCCCGGUGCUUUAUUUUCAAAAUCAACUUUGAAAAAGCUUAUGAUAAGGUGAGCUGGUCCUUCCUUGAUUACAUGAUGGAGAGAAUGGGUUUUGAUAUAGUAUGGAGGGGGUGGAUCUCAGAAUGCUUAAGAUCAAACACGGUGUCCAUUUUAGUCAACGGAAGUGCUACCAAAGAGUUCUCGAUGACAAAAGGGCUCCGACAAGGCGACCCAUUAUCCCCAUUCCUGUUCCUAAUGGUGGCAGAAGCUCUAAAUGGACUAACUUUCGCAGCUGUUGCAAAGGGUUACUUCCGUGGAGUCAAAAUAGGAGAGGGAGAGUUAGAAAUCAGCCAUCUUCAGUUUGCGGAUGACACACUUUUUAUGGGAGAGGCGACUGAAGAUAACAUUUGGACAGCAAAAUGCAUAAUGAGGGCAUUUGAAUUGGUGUCAGGUUUGAAGAUAAACUACAGAAAAAGCUCUUUAAUUGGAGUGAAUACAGAUGAAGACUGGAUCAGAAGCAUGGCAUGGAUGCUGAACUGUAAAACCGAAUCCCUCCCUUGUAAAUAUCUUGGCAUGCCAUUGGGGGCAAAUCCAAAGAGAAUAACCACCUGGAGACCUCUAAUAGACUCAUUCAGAAGAAAGCUCUCAGUUUGGAAAGGAAGAUUCUUAUCGCUCGGUGGACGAAUUACCCUCAUAAACGCUGUGCUAUCCAGCCUACCAGUGUUCUUGAUGUCGGUAUAUCUGCUCCCAAAACAGGAAAGAGUCUUAGGAUCAUCAUGGUGGAAUGAUAUUUGUAAAUUAAAUACGGGUGUAGAUAGCAAAGAUGGGUGGUUGCUUCCGAAUCUCAAAAUGAAUUUGGGAGAAGGGAAAAUUGUUAGAUUCUGGCUAGACACAUGGGUGGGAGGGACCUCUUUGGCUAAUGUUUUUCCAAGGCUGUUUUUGUUGGCUACAGAAAAGAAUUGCAGCAUCAAUCAAAUGGGACAUUGGAACGACGGAAGCUGGGACUGGAAAUUCAAGUGGAGAAGACCACUUAGAGCUUGGGAAGAGGAAAAUUUGCAACAAUUGCUGGAGACAAUAAAACACAAAAAACUAGUGCAAGGCGCAACGGACACUUGGUGUUGGAGCCUAGAGACCGGGGGAAGAUAUACCACAAGGACAGCUUAUGUGCAGCUAGCAAAAAAAGAGGAGAAUAGGCUGCUGGAGUACACAAAAAUAUGGGAGGCGCAAGUCCCACCAAAAGUGAGUGCUUUCUCAUGGCAACUACUCUUAGAUAGAAUUCCUACAAAGGUUAAUUUAGCAAAGCAUGGAAUUUUGAAUGCUACUCAAAAUAUAAAAUGCUUUUGGUGUGAUCAACUUCCUGAAGAUACAGAACAUCUUUUUCUAGCUUGCAACACCUCCUACAAUUUGUGGACAAAAUGCCUUAAUUGGUGGGGAUUAUAUUAUGUAUUAGGAAACACUUGUAUAGAUGUAUUCACCCAACAUAGAUGGCACAGGGGGUCAAAAAGCUUAAAACAAGGAUGGGGCAUGUUAUGGUUUACUGUAGUUUGGUCAUUAUGGUUAAGCAGAAAUGAAACUGCUUUCCAACAUAGGAAGUUAAAUGAGGAUAGGCUAUUUGAACUAGUUCAAGCACGCUCAUUUCACUGGGUUAGAAAUCUAUUGAAUUUGGAAAAUUUCUCCUAUAUGGAAUGGAUUUCUAAUCCAGUGAGAUACUUGACAAACAGGAUAUAGAGACUUGAUGGGAGUAUAGGUUUCCUGGGUCUGGUUUUUGGAAUGGUGGAUGAUUUUGUCUUGAUCACAUUGACUACAUGUAAUUUCAUGUACUGAUAUUUAAGGAUUUGAGUACCCCUUGUACUCACAAUAAAAUUCUUUUGCUUUU